AUGCACAAUUUAAUAGAAGUCUCUGAUCUGCUGGGAGUUGUAUCCAGAAGAUCAGUUUCACCAUUUCUGGUAUUAAGUAACACUGUAUAUAUGAGCAACCCUGACAUGCAGGGUAACUUCCCCUCUCUUUCCUUCCUGCGACUGUUGUCUCUUCCUUCAGUCGCAUCCAGAAUGGGUGUUGCAGUAGCUGUGGUUGUAUUAACGUGGACAACCACAGUACAGGCGCUGGUUAGAUCUUCAGAUCCUAAUGUACAGAUUUUAGAGGAACCACAGCUAGACCCAAAUACCCUUCCACAAGUUCCCUUGGGAACUCCUGACUCGAUAGACACCGACAUCCCUGGAGAACCACUGAGUCCAGCGGACUUUGAAACCAGCGCUCAGAUGGUGCAUGCAGCUGUUGACACCAACAACCAGGCUGAUCCAAUAGAGCUUGCCGGCUUGUACCAAGGCGAUAUUAUUCUCAGUAGCCUGGAUCAUGUUUCUGAUUCUGCUAUGAACUUUCUGGAUCGCGGAAGGUCGAGUUUCCCAAGAGCGAGGAACGCGAUCAUUACCUUAAACCGCCGUUGGCCGAAUGGGGUCAUUCCUUACGUCAUCUCCUCCUCUUACAACACACAGGAGAGAGGAACCAUUGCUAUGGCCAUCAACCAGUACCACAAGAACACCUGUAUCAGACUGGUACCUCGUACCAUUGAGAGAGACUAUAUUCAUAUUCUUAAAGGUGAUGGGUGUUCCAGCUCUGUGGGUCGUGUGGGUGGUGCGCAGACGGUGUCGCUGGGGCCCGGGUGUCUCUAUGUUGGGAUCGUCAUGCAUGAGCUCAUGCAUGCAGCCGGCUUCUGGCACGAGCAGUCACGAGCAGACCGCGACAACUAUAUCACCAUCAACAAACUCAAUGUACAGUCUGGCAUGUGGUACAACUUUGAAAAAUAUCCGUGGGACCGCAUCCAAAGCCUUGGUAUUGACUAUGACCUGGGGUCAGUGAUGCACUAUGGACCUUACGCCUUCGCUAAGGACCGAGCCAGACCCACAAUCAUACCUAGGAAGACGGGAGUGGAAAUUGGUCAGCGGCGAGGCUUCUCAGAGAUUGACAUACAGAAACUUCAGACACUGUACAACUGCGCUAACCUGACGGCGGAAACUGUCGUCACCACAGAGUUACCCAUUACAACUCCUCUCCCGGACACGUGUGAAGACAACAGUGAACACUGCCCAGCCUGGGCGACGCUUGGAGAGUGCAAAAUUAACCCUACCUGGAUGGGAGUUAAUUGUCGGCAAGCUUGUCUACAGUGUGGUAAAGAGUGUCACGACAACAACCCCUACUGCAGCUACUGGGCCGAGGCGGGGGAGUGCACCAAUAACCCGACCUACAUGACCAUCUUCUGCAAGCUUUCCUGUGGACUCUGCCACGAUUCAGCGGUGGCAGAAACUUGUGAGGACAAACACAAAUAUUGUGCUGUUUGGUAUGAGUCUGGACAGUGUCGCACCAACCCUAACUAUAUGUUAAUCUAUUGCAACAAGUCAUGCAAACAGUGUUGAAGCUGAUGAAUUCGACAAAUGUGCAACACUGGGGUAUCUUAGAGAAGUUUGGCCAUCCAGUGGCUUUAUCAAUACAUUACAUGGACAUACAUGACGACAGUAGAGGUAUUUACAGCAGACGGUGGAAGAUGAGAUAAUCAGUCCCUCAGCCUAGGAGCAGGUGAUGAGCACCGCAGUCUUGAAGAAUCUGAAGCACAGGCAGCAAGAUUGAUGAAUUUAUACAGAAGUCAGAAGACGUACAGU